AUGGGACCCGGAGCAGGUAAAAAGAGAAAGUUCGCCGACGCCAGCAGUGCGAAGCCGGCUGGAAAGCGGAACUCAGAGGCUGCAGGCGUACGAUCCGCUCCUAAGAAGGCGAAGCCGACUCCUGCGAAGGAACCUACUGCCUCCGAGUCCGAAGACGACUUUGCGCGAUUCAGCGACGACGACGACGACGACGACGAUGACGAUGAGGAGGAGGAAAAUGACAGCGGCAGCGAGGCUGAAGAGGAUGAGGAUGAAGAGAGCGAGGAGCCCGCAGUAGAUGAAGAGAAGCCCAAGAAGAAACAGAAGAAGCGCGAGGCGAAGCAAGACUCGACCGCUGGCGACGACAAUGACGAUGAGACGAACGGCCCCACGGACACCGCCGACAAGAACGGUUCCGACCUUCCCAUGGCAGACCUCCCUGCCGGACAGAACCUCUACCUUCCCCCCGCAGCGGGCGAGGAGCCCAAGAAGUUUGACGAGCUGAACCUUUCCGAAAAGACGUUGAAGGCCAUACAAGAGAUGGGAUUCACAGAGAUGAGGGGGAUCCAGAGGCGCACCAUCCCCCCGUUGCUGACGGGGCGGGAUGUGCUCGGAGCUGCGAAGACGGGAUCGGGCAAGACUUUGGCUUUUUUGAUCCCCGCCGUGGAGAUGCUGUAUUCGCUCAAGUUCAAGCCGCGCAACGGCACGGGCGUAAUAAUCGUCUCUCCUACGCGCGAGCUCGCGUUGCAGAUCUUCGGCGUGGCCCGCGAAUUGAUGGCGCAUCAUUCGCAAACCUACGGCAUCGUUAUCGGCGGAGCGAAUCGGCGCGCCGAGGCCGAGAAGCUCGAGAAGGGCAUCAACCUGAUCGUGGCGACACCCGGGCGCCUCCUCGACCAUCUGCAGAAUACGAAAUUCGUCUUCAAGAACCUCAAGUCUCUCAUCAUCGACGAGGCGGACCGUAUAUUAGAGAUCGGAUUCGAGGACGAGAUGCGGCAGAUUAUCAAGAUCCUUCCCAAGCAGGACCGGCAGACGAUGUUAUUCUCGGCGACGCAGACGACCAAGGUCGAGGACCUUGCGCGCAUCUCGCUGCGCCCGGGACCGCUUUACAUCAACGUCGACGAGGAGCAAAAGUUCAGCACCGUCGAGGGAUUGGAGCAAGGGUAUAUCGUGUGCGAGGCCGAUAAGCGGUUCCUGCUUCUGUUCUCGUUCUUGAAAUUGAACCAGAAGAAGAAGGUCAUUGUCUUCUUUAGCAGCUGCGCUUGCGUUACGUAUCACUCGGAGUUGCUCAACUUUAUUGAUAUCCCGGUGCUGGCGCUGCAUGGGAAGCAGAAGCAGCAGAAGCGGACGAAUACGUUUUUUGAGUUUUGUAAUGCUAAGCAGGGAACUUUGAUCUGUACCGACGUUGCUGCCCGUGGUCUCGACAUCCCCGCCGUCGACUGGAUCGUCCAAUUCGACCCCCCCGACGACCCCCGCGACUACAUCCACCGCGUCGGCCGCACAGCCCGCGCCAACAGCAAAGGCCGCUCCCUCAUGUUCCUACAACCCAACGAAGUCGGCUUCCUCACGCACCUCAAAGCGGCUCGCGUGCCCAUCGUCGAGUUCGAAUUCCCCUCCAAAAAGGUCAUCAACGUUCAAUCGCAGCUCGAGAAGCUCAUCUCGCAAAACUACUACCUGAACAAGAGCGCCAAGGAAGGUUACAGGUCGUAUCUGCACGCGUACGCUUCGCAUUCGCUAAGGACCGUGUUCGAUGUGAAUAAGUUGGAUUUGACAAAGGUGGCCAAGAGCUUUGGGUUUGCGGUGCCGCCGAGGGUGGAUGUUGUUGUUGGGGCGAGUGGGAGGGAUAAGGUGCAGGGGAGGAGGGCGUAUGGGAGUCAGCCUGGGAGGAAGAGGGGGGGCAAGUAUUGA